AUGCGCCUGGAAAUCGAUUCUUGCAAGAACAACCUUGAGAAAAAUCGGUAUUCCCGAGUCAAGAAUGGUAUAUUGAAUAUACAUUCCGGUGAGAUGGUCCGUUUCCAUGUAGAGCACGGCCAUUCGAUCCGCGUUGAUUACUCGCUCUUUGCUGAGCUUACGAUUGAUGCCACUGGUGAUGCCGCACAGGAACCUCUAGAUUAUGAUUACGAUACCUCCAGUGAUGAAAGAGAGUCUGGACAUGAAGAAAUGGUUAUGAACUCUAGAAUUACUGACACCUGCGACUACUACAACAAGGAAAAUACGGUCGGCUGGCAUCAACCCCAUUCAGAAGAUGACCGAAGCCAUAUUUAUCACCUGCGACGAAAACGCUCAGGCUCUCAAGCCGACCUGGAAUUUAAAAUGGGCAAAUCCUCGCCUUCUCCAAACAGCAAAAGCCCAAUUGUACCGAGCCCGAAUGACCUAAAAGGUCAACGCGAGCGCGAGCAGAAAAGCGACACCAUUACCAUCUGGGACGAAUGCGUCGGCGUGGCGAACAGUGAAGCGGAUGACGAACCUCCUUUGCGUCGACAAAAGCCUCCAGUAUCCAGGGCGGAAGUUUCCAACGCCGCUAUGAUAGCCUUUGAAAAGCGUGCACAGGACUUAGAGACCGCGUCACUUACGGCGACGAUUGACAAUAACAGUAUUGUUAACUUCGGUACGGCGUUCGACAGAUUGUCGAUUAGCGAGCAGCCUAAGGCCAAGGGGAAGCGGAGUGAUAGUCUCCUGAAACGCCCUUUCUUCCAACAGGCGUCUUCGAGGUUGAAUCGUCAAGCGUCGGACCUUUCUAUCUCUACCGUCCACACUUCGACUCAGCAGACCCCUCAAGAGCCUCCAUACAAAGACAGCGGCUCAUAUCGCCAUAGGCUGAGCUUUUCGUCUAUAUCGAAUAAGCACGGACGUUCUUCGAGCCUGGAAAAUGCUCUUAUCUCCAUAUCUGGACAAAUGGCAGCUAUUGGAGGGAACCAUUCAAUUCCUGAAGUAUCACCAGAUACAGAAGCAAGACCCAUGAGCGUUUCGGCGAUCAACUGUGGGCGCAGUAGUAGCGAGGUCCCUUGGCCCGUCACGCCGAGAUUGAUGGAUCCCAAGGCCACCGCCCACGGGGAGAUGACAUCGGAAGAUUUGAUAUUACAGUGGACAACUUUGAAAUGGGAAGAGAUACAAGUGAAAUAG